AUGGCUGCUAGGACUCCCCUAUCUCGUGACGAUUACACGGUCGGGUGGAUAUGCGCCCUGCCGCUAGAGAUGGCGGCUGCGAAGUUGAUGUUGGACACAAUCCAUCCCAGUCUGCCAAGUCCAUCAACCGAUCAUAAUACCUAUAUCCUUGGAAAUAUCAGAGCGCAUAACAUCGUCAUUGCCUGUCUGCCAGGCGGCGCAUAUGGCAUCGUAUCAGCUGCAACAGUGGCGAUGCAUUUACUGUCGAGCUUCCACUCUAUCCGCUUCGGUCUGAUGGUCGGUAUCGGUGGCGGUGUACCGAGCAGCAACGCAGAUAUUCGACUAGGCGAUGUUGUGGUGAGCCAGCCAAGAGAUACAUCUGGAGGCGUGGUUCAAUACGAUCUAGGGAAAGUGUUACACGACGGUCGAUUCCAGCGGACCGGGAUGUUGAACCGGCCCCCGAAGGUUCUGCUGACCGCUCUCGCUACACUGCAAGCCCAUCAUCUUACGGAAGAUAGUCAAGUGAUUGAGUUCCUUUCCAACAUCCAUACCAAAACAACAUCUCGUAAAGCUGCCAACUUCGCUCGUCCCGCCCAAGAGGGCUGCCUAUACCAAGCAGAAUAUGAUCAUUAUGCAGCUGACACAUGUGCGAAUUGCGACCGAUCGAAACUGGCUCACCGACCUUCGCGAGAUCAUGAAGAACCAGUGAUUCACUAUGGACUAAUCGCAUCCGCAAACCAGGUGGUGAAAAAUGGCAGACGGCGAGACCAACUAGCGCAGGACUUGGGGGUAUACUGUGUGGAGAUGGAAGCGGCGGGGCUGAUGAAUGACUUUCCAUGUGUGGUCAUUCGAGGCAUCUGUGACUAUGCUGACUCUCAUAAAAAUAAGGAAUGGCAAGGAUAUGCGGCGGCAGUCGCAGUAGCCUAUGCUAAAGAGCUGCUUUUGGUGGUUCCAGUCAAUCAGGUUGAUGAGACCCCCACCGCACAAGACACUCUCGCAAACUCCGUGGAUCGCUUUAUCAUCCCAUUAGACCUCACUGCCGUCCCUGUGAUUGAAAGCUUUGUGGGCCGGCAAGCCGAGCUAGACCGCCUUUGGCAAUAUUUACAGCCGACAAAUGCCCAGUCACGCAAAGUCGCGAUCCUCCAUGGGCUUGGGGGCAUAGGAAAAACACAGCUCGCGAUUCGUUUUGUACGAGACCACAAACACGAAUUUACUGCUGUAUUGUGGUUGAAUGGCAAGGACCGAAGCACACUUUUGCAAUCUCUUAGUUCUGUCUUGCCACGCUUACCUGGACACUCCCAGGAAAUCGGGGCGAUCGAUGACGAGGAGCUGGAGCAACGAGCGAAGUAUGUGUUGAACUGGCUGGCGAAAAAUGGCAACUCACGCUGGCUACUGAUUUUUGAUAAUAUCGAUCAAUACUCUCCCAUCACCAGCGGCAAUGGUGAUGAAUAUGACAUUGGAAGAUUCUUCCCUUCAGCAGAUCACGGGUCUAUUCUUAUUACCUCUCGGUUGCCAGACUUAAGUGAGCUGGGAAAGUCCUUUCCUGUGCAUCGGCUUGAAACAACGGACGCAACUCAACUACUCUUGCAAAAUAGUGGCCUACCAGCGAAUGCCAUUAAGAGCCUUCAGGACAGUCCAGAUACCGUUGUCCUCAUUAAUCGCCUCGAUGGACUGCCAUUGGCGGUUGUGAUCGCAGCAGCCUUUAUGCGUCAAACCGGAACCAGUAUCACCGAAUAUCUGCAAUAUUACCAAGAAUCCUGGUCUGAUUUACAGUCACAAUCUACUCCUGGACGGCAAUAUCAGCAGGGCAACAUAUUACAAACGUGGCUAAUCUCAUACCAUGAGAUACAAAAGCGGGACCCGAGCGCAGCCGAGCUGCUCCUGCUGCUUGCUCGCUUUGAUAACCGAGACAUUUGGUAUGAGUUGGUAAAAGGUGCUUCUCAUAGCAGCGAUGUCCCUAGUUGGCUUGAAGGGAUCAUAUCAAGUGGAUUCUCAUUCAGAAUUCAGGUGAAACAUCUCAUCGGAUUUUCUCUUCUUGAGACUAAACAACAAGAGGGAAGCUAUUCGAUGCACCCAGUAGUACAGUCCUGGUGCCAUCAUGUUGCGCGCACGAAUAGGCUUGUGAAUCCCGGCCAGCUUUGUGAACUAGCGCUAAUAUCGGUUGGAUGGACUGUCCCUAGCGCAAGCGAACGGAAUUAUUCAGAGCUUCAGCAGCGGCUUAUUCCCCACGCGAAUUAUGUACGUCUUGGGGAAAUCUCUGGUAAUGAUAUUGCAGGAUGGGGAGCAUUUCAUCGGUUAGGGAACCUCUACUCUAACCAAGGAAAGCUAAAGGAGGCCGAGGAGAUGUACGAGCGAGCUCUGGCCGGUAAGGAGAAGGCCCUUGGUCCAGAUCAUACAUCCACCCUCGACACUGUGAACAACCUUGGUCUUCUCUACUCUAACCAAGGAAAGCUGAAGGAGGCCGAGGAGAUGUACCAGCGAGCUCUGACCGGCACGGAGAAGGCCCUAGGUCCAGAUCAUACAUCCACCCUCGACACUGUGAACAACCUUGGCAAUCUCUACUCUGACCAAGGAAAGCUAAAGGAGGCCGAGGAGAUGUACCAGCGAGCUCUGGCCGGCUAUGAGAAGGCCCUUGGUCCAGAUCAUACAUCCACCCUUGAUAUUGUGAACAACCUUGGACUUCUCUACUCUAAUCGAGGAAAGCUGAAGGAGGCCGAGGAGAUGUAUGAGCGAGCUCUGGCCGGCUAUGAGAAGGCCCUUGGUCCAGAUCAUACAUCCACCCUCCAAAUUGUGAACAACCUUGGCAAUCUCUACUCUGACCAAGGAAAGCUGAAGGAGGCCGAGGAGAUGUACGAGCGAGCUCUGGCCGGCUAUGAGAAGGCCCUUGGUCCAGAUCAUACAUCCACCUUCCAAACUGUGAACAACCUUGGCAAUCUCUACUCUGACCAAGGAAAGCUGAAGGAGGCCGAGGAGAUGUACGAGCGAGCUCUGGCCGGCUAUGAGAAGGCCCUUGGUCCAGAUCAUACAUCCACCCUCCAAAUUGUGAACAACCUUGGCAAUCUCUACUCUGACCAAGGAAAGCUGAAGGAGGCCGAGGAGAUGUACGAGCGAGCUCUGGCCGGUAAGGAGAAGGCCCUUGGUCCAGAUCAUACAUCCACCCUCGACACUGUGAACAACCUUGGUCUUCUCUACUCUAACCAAGGAAAGCUAAAGGAGGCCGAGGAGAUGUACGAGCGAGCUCUGGCAGGCUAUGACAAGGCCCUCGGCCGAGAUCAUAUAUCCACUCUAGAUACAGUCAAUAACCUUGGCAGUCUCUACAAAAAUCAAGGCAAGCGGAAAGACGCAGAGGAGAUGUACUAG